AGAAGAAGAGGAAAGAAGACGAUGCCAACUGCGCGAACAAGAGGAUGAGAAUUUUAUAGAAUCAGACAUACUACACGAAGAAUUUCAAGAUACCCUAGAGGUUCUACAUGAAAAUUCAACCUUCAUCAAUGAAAUUCUGCAAUCUACAGAUGAAUGCAACAGUUAUACAACCCUGUACAACAACUAUCCACAAUGCAACGUUUACUUCACAACACCUUCUGAAGAUGAGCACAUGUGGAUGAAUCCAGCUGUAAAUCCCAACUCAUUAGUGGAUUAUGUGCAGUACAACAUGCAGAACGGUGAUGUAAAUCACCUAAAUGAAGCAGAACAUUCUUCUAGACCCGCACAAAAAUUAGCAGGGAAGAAAAAGCUCCGUCUCUUUGAAUAUCUUUAUGAGGCUCUGUAUGACCCUGACAUGAUGAACUGCAUCCAGUGGGUGGAUGAAGCCAACGGUGUCUUCCAAUUUGUCUCCAAAAACAAAGAGAAACUGGCAGAGGUGUGGGGUAAGAAAAAAGGAAACCGCAAAAUCAUGACUUACCAGAAAAUGGCCAGAGCUCUGCGGAAUUAUAGCAAAACUGGGGAAAUUCUUAAAGUCAGAAGAAAACUGACAUACCAGUUCAGUGAGCUGGCUCUGCAGAGACUGUCCCCUGCCAUCAUGUCAGGAAAAGAGGAUGUAUACUGCCAGUAUGUCCAGCCUGGCAUAGAGUACUGGCACAGCCAUCAGAGCUGGGAGAUCAAUAAGUAUGCUUACAACAAUAAUGGAUAUCAUUUCAGCCAUCAGUACAUAUAAAGUAAACUGUUCAUUGCUGUCUUCAAGAAGAGCAUCAAAUUCAAAAUGAACUGUAAAACUAACUCAGACUCUAAACCAUAUGUGAUGUCAAACCUUGUG